AUGAUACCAGUGAGCCUGGUUCCAUUGCCGCAUUCUGACACGGUGGCAUCUGAUGACUUUGAUAUAGUGAUUGAGGCCAUGCUGGAGGCUCCCUAUAAAAAAUAUGAGGAAGAGCAGCAAAGGAAAGAGGGUAAAAAGGAAAGUCCUAGCAAUACUGCUACCAGCUCCAGCAGUAUUAGUGACAAUGGCAGUGGGACUAGUGUGAGCAGCACCAGUGUGGAGACAAGCAGAUGAAGUUGGGAUUAGGAUCAUCAUAGACAGAGAAAGAGCCGGAGCUGAAGUCAGCAUUGGCAGUAUCAUUAUCUCUGGGAUCCUCGAUAUUGUUGUUUGUCACGAAGUUGGGACCGACAUCAGGAGAAUCACUUGUACUACAGGAAUCCACCUCUUGCCACUGGGGAGCCAGUUGAUAAUCUGAGUCCUAAGGCACGUGAUGCCCGCACAGUUUUUUGUAUGCAGUUGUCUGCCCACAUUUGGCCUCGAGACUUGGAGGACUUUUUCUCUGCUGUUGGCAAGGUUCAUGAUAUAUGUAUCAUCUCAGAUUGGAAUUCAUGUCAUUCUAAGGGCAUUGCCUAUUUGGAAUUCUGUGAAAUCCAGUCUGUGCCACUGUCCAUUGGGCUGACUGGGCAGUGGCUGCUGGGAGUACCUAUCAUUGUGCAGGAGGCCCAGGCUGAGAAAAACCAAUUGGCAGCCAUGGCCAACAACCUGCAGAAAUGCAGUAAUGGACCAGUGUGCCCUUAUGUGGACUCUCUGCACUUCAGUAUCACUGAGGACAUGCUCCGGGGCAUCUUUGAGCCCUUUGGCAAGAUUGGUGGUAUUGUCUUGAUGAAGGACUCAGAUACAGGUUACUCUAAAGGUUUUGGUUUUAUUACGUUCUCUGACUCUGAGUGUGCUCGGCGGUCUCUGGAACAGUUAAAUGGCUUUGAGCUUGCUGGCUGACUUGGCCAUGUGACUGACUCAGACACCACGUUUCCUGAUGGGGAGCAGGAGCUAGGUGGUCGUUUACAGCUGGCCAAACUGGCAGAAGGCUCUGGAAUCAAGCUGCCUGCUACCCUGCACCUGAAUGGAAGAGUUCCCUUAGGGACUCUGAACCCAGCAGCUCUGACAGCUCUGAGUCCGGCCCUGAACCUGGCCUCCCAGACAAUCACCUCUCAAUGCUUCCUGCUCUCCAACCUCUUUACUCCUAAGAUCGUGAGUCUCAGGGCCUAG